AUGUCACCAGUAGCAUUACAAAGAAAUAGCUCUUUCAAGACAUUGCAAUGGCAGAUUGCUUUCCAAAAUGAAUAUCAACCACAUUAUCCCAUGUUAGGUCACAUGAGUAUCAUACUUUAA